AUCCUCUGACUUACUUCACCCCCUUCCAAACCUUCUACAGUUGGUGGCUGGACUGCUUUUCGCUCUGUUCAUUGCGCGCUGGUUGAGAAGGCUGUGCGAAACUUACUUGACUAACAGCUCGACGUCACCAAUAUCAGCCAUUCACCCUUUCGUCAAAGCUCACCAUGGAGGCACUCCGGUUGCGCAAGAAAUUUCCUCAGGUCUCCGAAGAGGAGAUGUUUGAUCUCGUCAAUCGUUUCAAUACGAUUAACACGGAUACACCGGGUCGUAUAGACAAGGCGGAUGUGUUGCAGGCGCUUCAAAGCAACGGGGAAUCCUACGAUCGCGCGAGGGAAACGCUGAAGCAUGUGCAGAUCGAUGCUAGCGGGAAGGUCGAGCUGGAGGACUGGGUAGAGCUCAAUGUCAAGCUCAAGACUCAAGCGCCAAGGGCCCUGCCUACCCAUAGGGGCAAGGUCACUGUACAAGGCUCGAAUGCCAACGUCAGUCAUACCAUCAACGAGGAUGAGCUAGGGGAGUUCACGAAUCACAUCAACGUGGUCCUCCAAGGCGAUCUUGACAUCGGCUCGCGUCUCCCUAUACCUACGAAUACGAUGCAGAUCUUCGACGAAUGUCGAGACGGCCUGAUUCUCUGUAAACUCAUCAAUGACUCUGUCCCCGACACUAUCGAUCCUCGUGUGCUAAAUAAGCCAACCGCGCGCAAGCCCUUGAACGCAUUCCAGAUGACAGAGAACAACAACAUCGUCAUUACUUCUUCCAAGGCCAUUGGCUGCUCGGUCGUCAACAUUGACUCCACUGACAUUGCGGAGGGUCGUGAGCACUUGAUCAUGGGUUUGAUCUGGCAGAUCAUCCGCCGCGGACUGUUGGCACAGGUGGAUAUCAAGAUCCACCCGGAGCUGUACAGACUGUGCGAGGAUGAUGAAACCAUUGAGGACCUGCUAAAGCUCACGCCGGACCAGAUCUUGCUAAGGUGGUUCAACUAUCACCUCAAGGCGGCGGGAUGGGAGCGAAGAGUGCGCAACUUCAGCCGAGAUGUCUCGGAUGGCGAGAACUACACCGUCUUGCUCAACCAGCUCAAGCCUGACGAGUGCUCGCUCGCUCCUCUUCAGACGCGGGAUAUGCGCCAGCGCGCGGAGGAGGUGCUGCAAAACGCGGGCAGAAUUGGAUGCAGGAAGUAUCUCACACCCGCAUCGCUCGUUUCCGGAAAUCCACGCCUGAACCUCGCCUUCGUCGCGAACCUUUUCAACAACCACCCGGGACUCGCGCCAUUGGACGAGCAGGAGGCGAAGGACUACGGCGUCGUCGAGGACUUCGAUGCCGAGGGCGAGCGAGAGGCGCGGGUGUUCACACUCUGGCUCAACUCGCUCGGCGUCUCGCCGGGCGUGUACAAUCUCUUCCAGGACCUCAAGGACGGGCUCGUCAUCCUGCAGGCCUUUGACAAGAUCCUACCUGGCAGCGUCGUGUGGCGCCGCGUGAGCAAGCCGAAGAAGGACGGAGGGCACGAGCGUAGCAUGAGCGCUGCGAGCACGAACACGGGCGAGGGCGAAGGCGAGGAGGAGGAAGAUAUUGGCAUCACGCCGAAUCAGUCAAAGCUGUCUCGCUUCAAGCAGGUCGAGAAUUGUAAUUAUGCGGUGGAACUGGCGAAGCAGAACGGGAUGCACAUGGUCGGCAUACAGGGCGCGGAUAUUGUGGAUGGGACGAAGACACUUGUGCUCGGCCUCGUGUGGCAGCUCAUGCGGAUGAACAUCACGAAGACGCUUAGCUCCAUUUCUGGAAAAGGCCGUCCGAUCAGUGAUACCGAGAUCCUCAAAUGGGCGAACACGACCGCGCAGAAGGCGAGGGCGGGCAUCAAGUCCAUCCGGUCGUUCAAGGACCCUUCGCUCACGACGGGCUUGUUCUUCCUCGACCUCCUCGAGGCGCUGCGUCCGGGCAUCGUGGAUCCCAACCUCAUCAUUCAGGUCAACGAGUACGGCCCGUACGAGGAUCGGAGGCAGAAUGCGAAAUUGGCGAUCUCGAUUGCACGCAAGAUGAACGCGCUUAUUUUCCUGGUGCCAGAGGAUAUUGUCGACGUUCGUCCUCGCCUGAUCAUGACGUUCGUGGGCAGUCUCAUGGCUAUCGAGAACCAGUAAAUGAAUGGCUGUUGCUUCUCUUCUCGGUGCGGUCUCGUUCAUAUUUGAUGAGUUUUCGGACAGCUCUAUGUUGUACACAAUCUAGCAGUAAUGCCGCAUGGCAGUUUGGGAGCUAUACAAUAAAGAAAGCGGUCAAUACAGUUACCUUCGAUUUGCAGUGCGCUACGAGAAUGUUGAACACCACAGCUUUCUAUGGAAACAUGGGUUACAAAUCUGUAUGUGAUUGCUAAUUUUUCAUGUGAACUAUCGCUUUUCAUGAAGUCUUCGUGUGACGAAUGCGACAGUGUCGCUCCAUCAUCAUUGUAUCUCACUGGCAAUUCAAUCUUACGAGACCCUGCG